AUGAUUUCUGGUUUUUCCACUAUUGCUGCUGCAGUUGUCAUUCUAUUGUGCAUCACUGAAGCUCAAGGUACUGACUGUUCUGCUCUGGCCAGUGCUGGUAACUGCAGUUUCUAUGAUUGUUUGCAUACUAAAUUCAACUGUGACGCAAAGGAUUAUCCUCGUCGCCGUGGUAAACGCUACUGUCAGAAAUACAUUGAUGAAUCAAGUUGCUUCACAACAGCAGGUCAGGCAUGGAUUACUAGUGUCCGUACGUGUUUGAUGCAGUCUAUUGUCAACAGUGCUCUCUAUAGUGAUGCAAAUACUGAUUGUGGCGAGUUUGAGGCAUUUGCUGUUGGAAGUCGUCCUCAAUGUUACACUGAUAAUGGGUUCUGUACAGAUAUAUUCCUAUCACCUCAAUGUCAGAACUUUAAUUGUAUUCAAGAUAAAAUUUAUGAUGAUAAUAAAAGUUGGAGUAGAACUUCACUAUAUCAGUGUGAUAGGCCUGGCACUUCUCUUGUAUCUGUUAUACAGGAUUAUUUAGAUUGUACUGCAAGGGCUUUUGAUUUUAUUAUUUUAUUGGAUGCAUCUGGAAGUGUUGGGUCUAGUAACUUUGAGAUAAUGAAAAACUUUGUUGCAGACAUGCUGUCUAACUUUACCAUUGGACCAGAUGAUACUCGUGUUGGAGUCAUUCGUUUUGCUGACACUCCAUCAAUUGUUAUCCCAUUGGGUUCCAAUAAUACUUAUGCACAGUUGGCUAGUGCUAUUAGAGUGAAGGUAUCUGCUGUUCUUACUGAUGGAUUGUCUAAUAAUCCUUCAGCAACAGUACAAUCUGCUCAAGCUGUCCAUAAUGACAAGAUUACUGUUUUCUCUUUUGGUAUUGGAAGUGAUAUCAGUAAUGCAGAGUUAAUUGCCAUUGCUUCAGAUGGUCAACAAGGUGUUUUUACUAUCAGUGGUUUUUCAUCUGAUACUUUUCAGGCUGUAUUGAUACAAUUACGAGUAUCAACAUGUUUGUCUUCAACAGAAUCUGAGACUGGAAAGGAGAUUGCCACAACCCUUCCCAAAGGAUCAUCUCGUUUGUUAGUGUAUGUGUUUCCGUCAAUGGGAAUGACACUAAAAAUUGAUAUUACAGUGGGAAAUUUGGUGGUUCGUGGAUCAUUUACUGUACAAAACCCAGAUGCACUAACACAAGAUUUCUCUGUCAUGAGCAAUGGAACUAACAUUAAUUAUUUCAUUAGUCCACAAUUAUAUAUACAGUCAACUACUGAUGAUGAUGAUGAUGAUGAUGAUGGAAGCCGUAGAAAGAGGCAGACAUCAAUGCCUAAUGUGUACUUGUCUAUUGCUGGAUUGAAUGAUAUCAAUUCAUUUGCAUUGAAUACUACUUUUGGUGAUACUACUAAUUGCUCUGGCAUAUGUAAACUCAAACUUCUUGCAAUGUCAUGUGAGGUUCUGAGGAUGAAUGGUGAACAUGUGCCAGCUCCAUGCCGUAACUGAUUUAUUUUAUUUUUGGUCUUUUUUAUUGUGGUAGUGAAAUAGUUAAGUAGUUAAUUUUUGUCAAGUUUUGUUUUAGAGUUUUAUUGUAGAGAAAAUGAGGAGAA